AUGGGUUGGGAUCAAAAGGAGCCGUGGGGCGGCGGUUCAGCAGGAGUCGCCAAGCGGAGAUGCUCAGGCACCGCUUCAACUAAUAAACUUGUCCUGCCACCCCUGCAAGGAGGCUGUGUAUAUAGGUCUACAAGGAGGAGGCAGCAACAAUCGCUUCAGAUAGAAAUAGACCGUCGCCAAUGUAACCUUAACCUCUUGACAGCAGUAAUGGUUCCUCGUCCAUUCGCGGUGGAGCCUGGCCAGCGUCUGUUCGUCGGGGAAGGCCUUGUUACUAUCAUAUUAUGGCCUGGUAUGGUCUGA